CGCCAAACACGUGUGCAUCAGUAGGGCAAUCAUCUUGCACAUCUCUGACCCAAAUGUAUCUUCAAGAACACAAGGAACAGCGUUCUUAGGAGCGAUAUCGAUCACUAUCUCCAGUGCAUUUUAUCCGAAUUUGAAAACAAGAAUUGGAAGAAGGAUCAAUAAUGGUGUGUUUCUGUUUCUUGGUUGACCAGAAGAGGAAGGUUAAAGGAAGCAAACCGGCGGCAGGAACGUGUUCCCGGUGUGGUCGUGGUGCAAGAGUCGCCGAUAUGAAGACUUCGACGAGGUUUUGUCUUAUACCUAUUUAUUGUAGAUCUUGGAGAGCCAUCGUCUGCAGCUUUUGCGGCUCUGUUCUUAAAUCCUAUCGUUGAGAUUUUCUUUUCCACGUUUUCUAGAUCUUUUCUAAAUUUUAGUUUCUUGUAGUAAUUCUAACUUUAUAAACCCCUUUGUAAGGUUUUUGUUUUUUUUUUUUUUUUUUUUUAAGGUAGGCUUAACUCCAAGUCUCCAACGUCUAAAGUUUUUGUUUUUUUGAAUAAGAGAUUGUAUCAUCUUAAGUUUUUUCAUCUUUAAACAUAUUGGUUGAUAUGGGUAACAUGUCUGUAAGUAUAAUUUUAACCAAUCACAAAAAGUUUAAGAACCGUGA